GCGUAACCACUUCCAGCCUGACGCGUGGAGCCAAGCAAAUCGUCACUGGCCGCGGGUCUGGCUAGCGGAGGAGAAGUGGCAUGCAAUCCCGCUUUGUGCCUUGACAGCAACAAAUAAUUGAUUUGAUCUCAACUCUGGGAUUCGAACAGCCGCAACAACAUUAGCCAUCAUCAUAAUCAUCAACAGCACCGAAAAGAACCGACCUCUGGCGACUCAUCGAUAAACAACGCAGACGAUCGCCUAACGACAACAGCUCCCCUCAUUUCGGCGUUGCCUUGCAGAAUCAGAGCUAUUCGGAUCAAGCACACGUAAUCAGCAUCAACACAUCAUAGCGAUUCGGCAGAGCCAAGGUUGCCCGUCAUGUCUUGGGCAGGCUUCAAGAAGAAUGUCAACCGGGCAACGACCCAGGUGAUGAUGAAGACUGGCCAUGUUGAGAAAACAAACGAUCGCGAUUACGAAGUCGAGGAGCGACGCUUCCGUACCAUGGAGGCCGCUAGCAAUCGCCUUCAAAAAGAAGCCAAGGGCUACCUUGAUUCUCUCCGUGCCAUGACGGCCUCUCAAAUGCGCAUCGCCGAGACUAUAGACGCUUUUUACGGCGAUUCGGGCGCCAAGGAUGGUGUGAGCAGGAGUUACAAGCAGGCCGUGGAGGACCUCGACGCCGAGACCAUCAAGGCUCUCGACGGCCCUUACCGCACCACGGUGCUCGAGCCUAUCACCCGCUUCUGCAACUACUUCCCCGACGUCAACGAAUGUAUCAAGAAGAGAGGACAUAAGCUUCUCGAUUACGACGCCUUGCGCGCGAGGGUGAAGAAGCUGGCAGAGAAACCCGACAAGGAUGUGACCAAGUUGCCACGGACUGAAAAGGAGAUGGACAUGUCGAGGGCAGCUUACGAGCAACUCAACGAGCAGUUGUGUACUGAGCUUCCGCAACUCAUAGAUCUGCGCGUACCCUACCUUGACCCCUCAUUUGAGGCCCUCGUCAAGAUUCAGUUACGGUUCUGUGCGGAAGCUUACAGCCGCAUGGCACAAGUACAACAGUACCUCGAUGCGGACACUAGGGAUCAAUAUGCACAGGGGCAUUUGGAUUCGAGGGUGGAGCAGGUGUUGCAGGAGAUUAGGGAAUUGAGUAUUAGCGGAACUGUGUAAGAAGUGCGUUCACCUGGGUGUCUACGCAUGUAUUUCCUGGUAUAGGACGGGAGAAACACGCCUGUCUGAACGAUGACAAUCUUUACGGUCAUGCAAGGUCUUUUUUUUCUUCUUUGAAUUACUUGGUCGCGUCUACUGAGGGUUGACUCUAUGCUCCAUCGUGUAAGACGCACUCCCAGCUCCCUUCUUCCUUGGUAUCCCCUACCCCAUUCCACUUUGACCUGUGCGGCCACGGGCACUGUCUCCGUUGGGCAGCCACUUGUCCGGAUAUAACAUUAUCGUUCACAAACUUGGUUCCAACCAUGUAAUCCGGGGCUACACCGUCCUCGACCCAAGCAACCAUAGCCAUGAGCAAGCUGUGUCUCCGGUCGGCAAACUCGCCGUUGCCGCCAAAGUUGACAAACUGGUUGGGCGCGGACGUCUGACCCAUGGUCCAAGCCCCCGCGCCGCCGCUGCAGUGCAUGUGACCAGGCACGUAGAAGAGGCGGUAGAACUCCUGCAUCUCGGCGGCAUUGAGGCUACCCAAGGCCUCGGAGACGCGGUCAUAGGUCCGCAAAGCCAGCGCCGAGGUCACUGUUACGUCGGAGCUCCCAUGGUACGUCAAGACCUUCCCGCCGCGGUUGCGGAACUUGGACAGGUCGUGCGACACGCCGCCGGCGUAGUUGAUCUGGCCGGGGUUCAGCUCCACGGCGAAAUCCAUCUGCGACAGGUUGAACUGCUGCGAUGACCAAGUGGUAUCGUUGUAGACGGCACCGCGCCAGUAGUCGUCCAGCACGCGGUACGUGAGGUUUGCGACGCCCGCGGGGAACUGGUUGUUGCUGAAGACACCCGUCGCUGACCCGAGGUCAAAAGAUGGGUAGACGUCCUGGCCCGCGGCAGACUUUACCGGUUGGUAGACGGUCCUGAUGGCCUCAACCUGUACGUCGGUGAGGCAGACGGUUGCGUUGAGCAGAGGAGUCGCGCUAGCGCAGCCAAGCAGGCUAAAGUCAAAGUCUAGCGAAUGCGGCUCAUCGAUGACGCCGUCCACCACGCCGUCGAGCGGGUCCAGCUUCCUGAUCAUGGCGGCCUCGAUGGCGGACCACGACGACGGAGGGAUGUAACGCGGCGAGGCCAGGUCAGGCCAGCCCAUCCUUUCAGCGAGCACGGCCUUGCUCGCCACGAUGUGCAGCCAGUCGAUGGCGGCGGCGCCAAGCAGCACGCCGUCAAAGUCCUCAGGAUACAGCAGCGCCGACGUAAAGCCUUGCCUGCCGCCCGUCGAGCAGCCGGCGUAGUAGCUGUGCGAAGCCUCGCCGCCAUAGUACUGGGCCGCCAGCUGCCUGCCUACCACGGCCUCGACGUGGAUGGCACGGUGGCCAAAGUCGACAAUGGUUUCGGGGUGGUUGAGGAAGAAGUCGAACCCGGAACUGCCGUCAUGCCCGGCGUUGGUGCCAACCACGGCAAAACCCAUGCUAGAGCCCAUCUGCAGGGCCGUGUGCUCGAUGCAACCUCCGAUGCCGCCCGUCCCCGUCGAGAGGAGACGGCCCUUCCACGAGUCGGGCAGCCACGCCUCCAGCCGUACUUUGCUGGAGGGGGAGGUGGCGACGUUGAUGACGAUGCGGCAGAGGUCCGUCGGGGCGGUAAAGGUGGUGCCUGUGUCGCUGGCGCACGACGCAACCAGCCCCGUGACGGAGAUGUUGGCCUGGCUGGGGUAGUGCGCCGUCGAGACUAGGGUGACGUUGGGGAUGCUGAGGGUCUGGGAGAAGGCUGCGCAUCGCUGCUGGCCGGGUGCGACGGAUGCAGCGGAUGCCAGUGGGGACGCGAUGGCCGGACUGAAGAUUGCGCCGGCCAGCGUUAACCAGUUGAGAAUUAACGAAUGCAUACUUUGCCACGGUGACAACAGCGGUGCAGGCAGGUAGAAAGGGAGGGGGGCUUGCGGUACAGAGGAAACGAUUCACAUUUGGAGUGGGAAAGAGGCUACAAAAAUAUAUGCCGACAUGGACAGCACCGGUUGUCGGUCUGGGGCCAAGUUGGCCGGUGAUCGGUAAUGAGACAUUUGCAACAUCACUGACCUGCGGAAAUACUCAUAUCCAAAGGUACCCAUCACGACUCUUGUUGGUUUGGUGAAUGCGGA